AUGUGCCUCCGCUGCCGGCGGGAUCUAAUCUACUUCCUCUUCCUCGUGGAGCGCAAGGGGAGCCUGGUGGUGGCUUUGGAACAGGUGCAGCUGCUCUACUUCAUCAGGCCAGAGAAGCUUUUGGGAAUGCCUUGGGGAGUGGAAUCCAUGCCCAACUACCGGUCCUUCCAGAACGUGGAGAUCUCGGCGGUCCUCAUGAUGGUGGUGCUCUACCCGCAGGUCAAGUCCAAGUUCAAGGGGCACUACAAGCGGGACAAGGUCAACGACCAGGAGCUGGACCACAUGGAGAACCAGUUCAGGGUGUUGGCGGACAACCUGUUGAUGGUGGCAGUGGGCAACCCGCUGGACAAGGACAUCAUCUUCAAGGGGGACAAGGCCUACAACCGGGCGCUGGCACACAACUUAUGUCAACAUAAAAACAAGGAGGCGAACGACGUCGAGCCGGAGAAGCAGGUGAAGGAGGAUGACAACACUCCCGCUGGUGACUCUGGAGGCACUACGGCGUCAGCUGAGUUGGGUGGCUUGGUUGGGCAGGCCGCAGCGUUGUUGAAGUCGCUGCACUCCGUGACGUUGAAGGCGAUCAACGUGAAGUCGCUGGACAUGGGCACUGGGGCGGCGUUGGGUGAGUCUCUGGGUGACCAAGGAGAGCGCCAAGAAGAUGAGGAGCAGCCAAGUGGGGGGGGUGUCCAGCCGGACUCACAGGGGCCCACCGAAGGCGCUGUGGGUGACCCUGCGGCCGAACUCGGUGAAGAGGCGCAGGAGGAGGAGGAGCAGGACAUCUUGAACCCGGACAUGGACUACGACGAGGCGGUUCAGCCUAAUAUGGAGGCGGAGGAACUACGACCGCUUCCUGAUGCAGGUCCUGAAGUUGCACUUCAACUGGAGGAGGAACCACAGUCCACCACGGGCUUCGAAUCCUACAACGGGGGGGGCUUCUUCGCCUUUGUCAACUUCGCGCAAAGCUACAUCAGGCGCUUUGUUCACUUUCAGGCUCCAGAAGGGGGAACGCGCGAGACGGAGGUCGUGGCGGAGGUGACGGAGGUCGUGACGGAGGCGAAGAAAAAGGCGAAGAUGGUGGACGCGGUGACCAAAGUGGCGAAGCUGGCACUUUGCAUGGCUGGUUGUGGCCGCGAAUGGUUGGGUCAAGACGAACCAGAAGAGGUGCACUACACAACCUCGCAAGUGACCCAGGCAGCGAUGGACGAGGGCACGUAUGACGUGACGAGGCCGCCCAUCUUGGUCACCAGCGAUGGCUUGAGGGUACUACGCCCUGAAGAGGUGGACACGGAGACACAAACCAUCCGCCUCAUCCCGAAUGCCAGGUUUUUGGAGGGGGCAUCGGCAGCGAAAGCACCACCGGUGAAGCAACCACCGGUGCCUACGCAACGGGGCUAUGGAAGUGGGGCUUCAUCAAGUGCAUCUUCGAGACCAAGUCAGGCGGCAGCGCGGGGGCAAGCGGCGCUGACAGCUUCGAAGGCAGCGGGAUCCUUCAUGCAAGGGGUCUCCAAAUCGGGCUCCGUGGCGACAGGGGGUCCAAUGGCUCCACCUACAAUGGAGAGGCGACAACAAGCUGCCACAGAUCGGCCUUGGAACAGGCCAGGCAAGGCUCCACCGACCAUGCUGAUGAGGCCUACUGGCGGCAUGAUGGAUGACCAGGUGGAGUUUCAGGAUUCCGUCUUUUGGACUCCGCAGGUGUUGGACGCCGUGCAGGAUGUCAUCGAGGAAGAGGCUCUCUUCUACAAGCCGGUCCACAAGAGCGACAAGUGGGACUACAUCGACAUGGAUGGCGUUCGCUGGCUCAUCAGGGUCACGCUGGCUUGGAAAGGCCAGGAGUGGCAUCGGCGCGUGCUGAUCGACAGCGACUGGCGGCGAAGUGAGAUCACAGGACCAGCGAUGUCAAACUGUCCCUAUCUGGUGACCUGCCCAGACAUCACCUUCACGCUAUUCAUGCAGGCCGGCCAAAUCUCAGUCAAACAUCAUCAUGUGGAAGACGAUUUUUCACAAGCUGCUGCGGGUCUUGCCUUGCGACUCAAUGCAUUGCUUCUUGGGUUGACUUUCUGGCUUCUCGGGAAGCUUCACGUGAUGGCAGCUCUUCGCUACUUGCCAUAUCCUGUAGUGGCUGGUUUUCUUGCAAUGAUUGGUGCUGCUGUGGUGAAGGGGGCCUUUAUCAUUCUUUUAAGCGACCCCGAUAAUGAAUCCAGGUAUUUUUCGACAGUGGUCUCAAUUGCCUUCGCAUCUUGUGUCUUGGGCCUGAAAUUGAAGGGCAUCAGAACCAGCUUCAGUGCACCCGUGCUGAUCCUUUCGCUUUUGGCAAUUUUUUAUGGAUGGGCAUUCUGCACUGGGAGAGCGCACCCUGAUCUUGCAAAGGAGGGCUGGAUUUCUCCACCAAGCGGACAUGAGGGUCAGCCGCUCCAAAUAUUUUCAGAUACAAUGCCGGAAUCUUGGUACGAAGGCUGCCGCCUCCUCUGGGCCGCCUGGCCGAGCUUCGCCUCCUUCCUUCUGGCUUUGGUUGCCAUCAUCAUGCGCGCACUGACAAUCAUUGCUAUUGAAUCAGCUUACGCUGACUCCCCCUAUAGCGUCGAUCACGAAAUGUCUUCUUUGGGCACUGCCACUCUUGUGGGCGGGGUCCUUGGGGGAGUGCCAAUGAAUGCAACGUCGGCCAUGACCGAUUUGAACAAGGAGGGUGUGAAAGGAGACAGCGUUACUGCCCGAUACACCGUGGCGAUCAUCACGCUCUUGCAUUUGGCAAUGUGGGGGUCAGGCUUUCCACUCGUGGACUACUUGCCGAGAUUCCUCCUGGGAGGCUUAUUGAUGCAGAUGGGCGGUGGGAUGUUGAUGGACUGGGCAGUCCUGGUGCAACGACGGCUUCAAUGGACUGGGCGUGCCGUGAUUUUGUUGAUGAUUAGCACCAGCUUGUUGAGCGACAUGACACACGGCAUUGUUGUGGGCACCUUCUUGGCUUUGGUCUCUGUGAUCUUCCGCUUUUCCAAAUUGGAGGUUCUGAAGUAUCAUGUCUGUGGUGUUCAUUUUCGCUCUGGCGAGUUGUACAGCAGUGCCCAGCGUGCGAUUUUGAAGAAGUACGGAGGUGAAACCGAGGUGGUGGGCCUCACAGGCUUUGUAUUUGAAGGUGUUGCCAUCUCCUUGGCCAUGUAUUUGAAAGAGGCCAUUCGACAUCCAGACGGAGAGAAGCCAAAGAUGCUUAUCAUCGAUUGUGCAGCUUGCCAGGGCAUCAAUGACUCGGCAAUGUCUCAUCUGGCCAAAGUAGCACAAGAUUGCCGAGAAAUUGGUGUGCAGUUGGUAUUCUGCAGUUUGAGCCCAUUUGACGAGGAGUUGCUCAGUAGCUGGGCACUGGAAGAUCAUGGCUGCCGAAUCAUGCCAUCUGUGACGGACGCCCUCAGUGAGGCUGAGAGGCAAAUCCUGCAAGAGAUGUCACACCCUGUGACUCCGGUGCGCAGGACUAUUGAUGAGCAUGCAAAAGUGAGAGCCCUCACUAGAUGGGUGGGCCAGGCAGUUGCACAGGACUUGCUGAGCACUGGAGCCUGGUAUGAAGUGAUUGCCGGGCAAGAAAUCACAUGCCAGGAUGAAGUCAUGACCACUGUCUUCCUGGCUGUGCCUGGGCUUUCAGACGUGCAGAUGGAGGUGCAGACGGGCACACAGAAUCGCCCGGCCAAGCUCCUGCGGACGUCCCAGGGUGCCAUCUGCCCGGCGGAGGCUUUGAUCGGAAGCCAUUGCCGAGGGAAGUGGAUCGCCGUUGCUAGCUCCUGUGGGCUGAUGAUCCCAGAGGUCCAAGCCUUGAACGAGGAGACCCGUGAGGCUUUGUUGACAUUGGGGCUUCACCAGCAGCUCUUAGAGUCGGACCAGCUCUCGGCGAUGUACACCUUGAGCAAGGGAGGUGGUUGGCGAGGGGUGACCUUUGAUGCCCGGACGAACAAGCGGCUUUCCAAAGCCUUCGGAAGCUUUGGACCUCGCAGACGGUCUAGCUACUCCAAGCGACAAAGCUACACCCGGGUGGGCAGCAAGCUGGACAAGCUUGAGGCUUCGAACGGCGUGGCCUCCAUGAGCAGGAAUCGCUUGACAACCGACGGAGCAGACGGCAAUAUUGAAGUGGCUGCGGUCCUAGACUUCCAACGCUUUGUCUCUGACUCUGGACGGCUCAGUGUGGAAUUUGAUGAAGAGGCCGCCAAAGAGCUAUCAGACGAGGAGCCGAAUCCUUCCAAUACCAACAUGAUGUUGAAUCGCUACUCAGUGGGUGCGAAUCUGGCUAACCUGAUGGGUAGAACUAGCGUAGGUGACUUGGAGUUCAAGCAUGAUGACUCCAAUGCUGACGAUUCGUAG